AUGGAUACUGUAAAAAAAAAACAUAAGAAAAAUAAAAAACGUAAAUUGAACGAAGAUGAGAGUGAAGAUAAAGUCGACAAAAAAGCCAAAAAGCUAAAAAAAUCAAAAAAAAAAGAACGUAAGGAACACAAAUCAAGCAAAAAGGAAAUUAACAUAGAUGACACAGUGUUGAAAGUAACUAAUUCUGCUUUUAAGGACAAUAAUGCCACAAAACAAUCAAACACAAAUAAUUUGACGACUUAUGGAGUCGAGAAUAACACGUUAACCAAUACUUCGGUUGACGCAGAAAAAGCUGAAAAUUCCCCUUUUCGGAUAGUUACUGCUAAAAUGCUCAUUGAUCUGCCACCUAAAGCUUUCGAAGAUUUCGAUCAAGGAAUUUAUACAUAUAUGAACGCGUUGAUAAUGCAAUAUGUUGAAGAAUUUAGUGGCAUUGUUCUUGCCUAUGAAAAUAUUAAAUUAUGUGAUACAUCAGGGUACAUAUAUGAAGAUUCACCAUAUUGUCAUUUUUAUGUACAAGCAGAUUUCGUUAUUUGGGAUGCAUCGAAAGGGUGUAAAUUGAAUGAUGAAGAAUUUUUCAAUGCAAUGAUUUCUGAUAAACAAUUAGAAUUAGAUAAAUUAUAUCAGGAUGGUGAAUGGUUCAAUAAACAAACAGGUGAAAGUCUUACUGAUAAAUGUAUUGAGUUUGAGGUUCUUGGUGAUAAUCCUGCACCGGAGAGGGAAAACGAUGUCCCGUUUGAUAUGAGUGCACUUCUUACUUUUGGGUUUAGUAACGCCCAAAGUUCGAAUAAGGAUGAUAAUAUAUAA